GCCUGCCUGCCCGCCUAUUUGAGGGAAAGUAGCGGUUGGCGGGCGCUCAGUGCCGGACGCAGCGGAGCGGCAGCGGGCGAGCGGCCGCCGGUCGGUGCUCGCAGCCGGCGCGGCGCUGCUGCCCCCCUGCCGAGGACUUGCCGCGCUCGUUGCACGAGUGGCGGCGGGGGGAGCCGCCCCGUGGGGCCGCCUCUGCCCCUUCCCCGCCGCGCCGUUAAUGGAAACAUGGCGAUGGCGGCUCCGACCGGCAGCGCGGCGCCCGUCGCCCCGGCCCUCUGCGGCCACCUGGCCCUGCUGCUGCUCCUCGCCGCCCCCGCCGCCCACGGCUACAGCUUUCCCCAGCAGCACACUAUGCAGUACUGGGCCAGGAGGCUGGAGCAGGAGAUUGAUGGAGUGAUGAGGAUAUUUGGUGGAGUCCAGCAGCUCAGAGGGAUCUACAAUGACAAUAGAAACCUGUUUGAAGUCAAGGAGAACGUGCCCAGGAAAUUGGUGGAGAAGGUUGCAGGGGACAUCGAGAGCCUCUUGGCCAAGAAAGUCCGUGCUUUAAAGAGACUCGCCAAUGCAGCAGAGAAGUUCCAGAAGGCUCACCACUGGCAGGACAACAUCCGGGAGGAAGACAUUGAGUACUAUGACUCGAAGGCAGACACUGAAUACGUGAGUAGCGAAUAUGAUGAUCCUGAUGGAGAAGAGAUCGAGAGGGAAAAGUCCAACUCCUUGAAGCUGGAGUUCACCGAUGAUGACAACUUCAAGACCAAGGUUAACUAUUCAUAUGCUGCUGUGCAGAUCCCCACGGACAUCUACAAAGGCUCCACCGUCAUCCUCAACGAGCUAAACUGGACACAGGCACUGGAGGACGUCUUCAUCGAGAAUCGGAAGGAGGAUCCCUCCCUGCUCUGGCAGGUGUUUGGCAGUGCCACCGGCGUCACCCGCUACUACCCUGCCACUCCAUGGAGAGCCCCCAACAAGAUUGACCUCUAUGAUGUGCGCAGACGGCCCUGGUACAUCCAAGGUGCCUCCUCCCCAAAGGACAUGGUCAUCAUUGUGGACGUGAGCGGCAGUGUGAGUGGCCUCACCCUUAAGCUGAUGAAGACCUCUGUCUAUGAGAUGCUGGAUACCCUCUCAGAUGAUGACUAUGUCAACGUGGCCUCGUUCAACGAGAAGGCGAAGCCAGUGUCAUGUUUCAAGCACCUGGUGCAGGCCAACAUCCGAAACAAGAAGGUCUUUAAGGAGGAUGUGCAGGGGAUGGUGGCCAAGGGCACAACCGACUACAAGGCUGGCUUUGAGUAUGCCUUCGACCAGCUGCAGAAUUCCAACAUCACGCGUGCCAACUGCAACAAGAUGAUCAUGAUGUUCACUGACGGCGGUGAGGACCGGGUGCAGGACGUCUUUGAGAAGUACAACUGGCCCAACAAGACGGUGCGGGUCUUCACCUUUUCCGUCGGGCAGCACAACUAUGACGUGACCCCGCUGCAGUGGAUGGCCUGCGCCAACAAAGGUUACUACUUUGAAAUCCCCUCCAUCGGUGCCAUCCGCAUCAACACACAGGAGUACCUGGAUGUGCUGGGCAGACCCAUGGUCCUGGCAGGGAACCGAGCCAAGCAGGUUCAGUGGACCAAUGUCUACCAGGAUGCCCUGGGGCUGGGCCUGGUGGUGACGGGCACGCUGCCGGUGUUCAACCUCACGGAGGACAGCAGUGACAGGAAGAACCAGCUCAUCCUGGGCGUGAUGGGGAUCGACGUGGCUCUCAACGACAUCAAGAGGCUGACGCCACGAUACAACCUGGGGGCAAACGGUUACAUCUUUGCCAUCGACCUGAAUGGCUAUGUCCUGCUGCACCCCAACCUGCAGCCCCAGAUCAUCAAUUUCCGGGAGCCGGUGACACUGGACUUCCUGGAUGCUGAGCUGGAGGAUGAGAACAAGGAAGAGAUCCGGAGAAGCAUGAUUGAUGGGAACGAUGGGCAGAGGUUCAUCAAGACUCUGAUCAAGUCCCUGGAUGAGCAAUACAUUGAUGAGGUGUUCAGGACCUACACGUGGGCGCCGAUCAAAAGCACCAACUACAGCCUGGGGCUGGUUCUGCCUCCCUACAGCACCUACUAUAUCCAGGCCAACCUGAGUGACCAGAUCCUGCAAGUGAAGUUACCAAACAUCAAAAUGAAGGAUUUUGAAUACCUGCUGCCCAACAGCUUUGAGUCGGAGGGACAUGUGUUCAUUGCGCCCAGAGAGUAUUGCAAAGACCUCGACUUGUCGGAUAACAACACCGAGUUCCUGGAGAACUUUAUUGCCCUCAUGGAAAAGGUGACCCCAGACUCCAAGCAGUGCGACAACUUCCUCCUUCACAACCUGAUCCUGGAUACAGGCAUCACGCAGCAGCUGGUGGAGCGAGUCUGGAAGGACCAAGACCUCAACACGUACAGCCUGUUAGCUGUCUUCGCAGCCACCGACGGCGGCAUCACCCGCGUCUUUCCUAACAAGGCUGCAGAUGACUGGGAGGAGGAACCUGAGCCCUUUAAUGCCAGCUUCUACCGGAGAAGCCUGGAUAAUAAAGGCUACAUCUUCAAGCCACCUUACCGGGAUGCCAGCUACCAGGCACUGGACCUGGAGAACAACACCAUCGGGAUCCUGGUGAGCACUGCUGUUGAGCUCAGCAUCGGGGGCAAGACACUGAAGCCAGCAGUGGUGGGGGUGAAGCUAGACCUGGAGGCCUGGGCUGAGAAGUUCAAAGUGUUGGCAAGCAACCGGACCGACCGUGACCAGCUGGGCACCCGUCGGUGCGACCCCUCCACCAGCUGCGAGAUGGACUGUGAGGCCAACAACAAGGACCUCAUCUGUGUCCUCAUUGACGAUGGGGGCUUUCUGGUGCUCUCCAACCAGGAGGACCAUUGGUACCAGGUGGGCAAGUUCUUCAGUGAGGUGGAUGCCAACCUGAUGUCCGCCCUCUACAACAACUCCUUCUAUGCACGCAAAGAGUCCUACGACUUCCAGUCUGUCUGCGCCCCCGAGGCCCAGAGCAACACAGGCGCUGCGCCCCGCGGCGUCUUUGUGCCUACUGUGGCCGAUCUCCUGAACCUCGCCUGGUGGACUUCAGCUGCAGCCUGGUCCCUCUUCCAACAGUUCCUCUAUGGCCUCACCUACAGCAGCUGGUUCCAGACAGAGGAGGUGGCAGGGGACAGCAUGGAGGCCAGAGAGACGAGCUGCAUCAUGAAGCAGACACAGUACUACUUCAGCACUGUCAAUUCCACCUACAACGCCAUCAUCGACUGCGGCAACUGCUCCAGGCUCUUCCAUGCACAGAGGCUGGCCAACACCAACCUGCUUUUUGUGGUGGCUGACAAGCCCCUGUGCAGCCAGUGCGAGUCCAUCAAGCUGAUGCAAGCAGAGGUAAGAGCCCCCCCGAGGGACCCCAACCAGUGUGAACUGGUGGACAGACCUCGCUACCGGAAAGGCCCCCACAUCUGCUUUGACUACAAUGCAACAGAAGAUACCUCAGACUGCGGCCGAGGGGCGUCCUUCGCCCCCUCCCUGGGGGUCCUGCUCUCCCUGCAGCUGCUGCUUCUCUACUCCAGCACCAGCCGGCACCCUCUACCCCCGGCCGCCUGCCUUUAGCACCCUGCAGCCGCCCCCGCCAGCUGUCUUUUCUUUCAAGCUCCAUCUCCUUCCCUCUUCCCUGGCCCAGUGGAGUGGGAGCAACGUCCCCUUCACUGCCUUGGGGACCCCUGCAAUGCCACCCUGCUCCCUGCUGCCCGCAGCCAUAGAAGAGUUGGGAUGUGGGCAGGGGCCCCCUGGCAGAGCAGGGACCGAGUCGGUGCCCCAGCAUCGCGCCCUCCCGGCUGCUCAGACUUGGAACGUGGCACUGGCACCCUCCGCCCGUGAUGUCCCAUCCACCUCGCCUGUUUUUUUAGCCUGAAGAUUUUAAAGCAGAUCUUUCUACAUGGAGUUUCUGACACUUUCUUCUCCUGGAGACCGGCAGUGUUCAUUGUCAGCAAUGAAGACACGUUGGAGAAAAAGGAGGGAGGGGAAAGAAAAAAGGACUUGACUGUGCGGGUCAGUAUUACUUGUUCCAGCAGGUUCCAGGCCCCUGGGCAUGCAGGGCAGCUCCAGCAUUCCUGCAGGCUCAGGGCAGGGGCAGAGAGCAGCCAGCCGUGGCCUGCGCCAAGGCAGGAUGGAGCCCUGGUCCCUGCUUCGGGCUCAGCUGCUCUCCUGCAUUCUUGGGCACAGAUACUGGGAUCAAAAAGAGAGGGAGGGGAAAAUGUGUUUUGUUUCUUUUCUGUUACGCAGAUCACUGUGAAAUCCUGCCCGCCCCAGCCCCCUCCAGCCACACUUGCCCUGGCAGCCCUGCCAAAGAAACCAUGCUGGCCAGGGGAACGUGCUGCUUUUCUCUUCAAGCAGGUUGUGCCAUGUGCCCCACAGCGGGAUGUGCUCCACGGCCCCCAGUGGGAGAUGGAGCAUGUGGUGCCACAUGUCCCCAGAAAGGAUGUGCCAGGCCUCCAGGCCCUCCUUUGGGGCACAAUCAUGAGGGGUGCUGCCAGAGCAUAGCAAGGGGAGCUCACACCUGGGAUGUUACAGAGGUCCUGGAUGGGGGCAUCCAGUGCUGGGGGGUGAGAGGUGGCCCUGUACUGGGGCACCCCAAGGUGCUGGGGCACUCAGGUGGGGGUGUCAUCCCUGCAACCAAAAUACUGAGUGCUGAGGUGGACAUAGGAACUGGUCAGACCUGGAACAGCACUGUGCCCCACCACCACAGCCAGGAGAGAUGCCUCGGGGCUGCAGGGGCCCAGGACAGAGUGCAGGGUGCCCAACCAUGACACACCCUGGAGUGCAUCGGUGCAUGGUGCAGGGGUGGCCAUACCAACCUGCCAUGUCCCUCACUGCUCCCAGCAGUGCCAGGAGACACUACCCAGGCAGGCAGCCCUGGGGACCCUCAUCCCCUGGGGGGACCCUGAUUGGAGCCACCCUGUCAGCUGGGCCCAAGGGAGUCCUCUCAGCAAAUCUGCACCGGGGGGACUGGGGAGGGCACCAGGCGCUAAUUAGUGCUGGGGUUAAUUAAUGGUCAUUCUGCUUGUAGCUUUUUCGGUGUGUGUUUGGUUACUGUCUCUGGGACCGUGUUUGAACAGAUGGCUCUGUGUUACCGGGAGUGUGUGUACUUCUGUAGUCUAGUUAGGUGCUCUGCCAGAAAACCACCACUAUACAUACCUAUAAAUAUAUACAUAUAUAGUCUAUUUUAAGUUAAAAACCAAUGAGACAAGGGGGCAGCAUGGCCCUGGCCCAUCCCACCAGGGUUGUGUCCUGCCUUAUUCCCACCUGAAAGCUUCUCUCUGCUCAUGCAAAGGCAUUGGAUUUUUAAUUUGUUUUCUUUGUUUUUCUUUUCUUUGGGGUUUUUUGUUGUUGUUGCUCUGGUUGGUUUGUUUUUGUUUUGGUUUUGGUUUUGUUGGUUUUCUUUUUCUUUGUUUUUUCUUUUUGUACAGAAGAGUUGGAAAACUUAAAAAACCCAACAAAAAGACAAUUUGUAAGAUAUCGUGCGUGUGACUCCUUGUAAAAUAUUUUCAAAUGGUUUAUUACAGAGACUCAGUUAUUAAAUAAUGUUCAUAUUUUCACUUCA